CAGUUCACAUUUGCUACACAACACGCACUCCCUGUUAGCUCACACCAGUGACACAUUCACUGUCGAUCUCGGGAAAGCAAGAGGCUCUGGACUAGCUCCGUGUAACCGAAGAGAUUAUUGAAUUGUAUUUUAGCUGUAUUUGUUCUUUCUUUCUGGAGUUCAGCUUUCCUACAUCCAGGAUACAUUUAGCCCUAGUAUCAGUGGAGAUCGUGGAAGAUGGGUCGAGUCCCUGCGAUAUCUGUCCUUAUUUUGGGCAUCGUAGUUCCAGCUUUGGCCGGCUACAUUGAGGCCCUGGCAGCCAACGCGGGCACGGGGUUCGCCGUGGCGGAGCCGCAAGUCGCCAUGUUCUGCGGGAAACUCAACAUGCACGUGAACAUCCAGACGGGCCGCUGGGAGGCCGACCCCUCCGGCACCAGGAGCUGCGUGGAGACCAAGGAGGGCGUGAUGCAGUACUGUCAGGAGAUGUACCCUGAACUACAGAUCACAAACGUGCUGGAGGCCAACCAGCCAAUCAGGAUCGAGAACUGGUGCAAGAAGGAGAAGAAGCAGUGCAAAGGCCACGCCCACCUGGUGGUGCCUUACAAGUGCUUAGUGGGGGAGUUUGUGAGCGACGUCCUCCUGGUGCCCGAGAAGUGCAAGUUCUUCCACAAGGAGCGCAUGGACAUGUGCGUCAGCCACCAGCAGUGGCACGGCGUCGCCAAGGAGGCCUGUGCCAAGGGCUCCAUGGUCCUGCACAGCUACGGCAUGCUGCUGCCCUGUGGCAUCGACAAGUUCCAUGGCACCGAGUACGUGUGCUGCCCCUCGUCUCGCCGCGGGGAGCCCGCCGCCGCCCCCGCCCUGACGUCCCAGGAGGAGGAGGACGAAGAGGAGGACCAGGAGAUUGAAGAGACGGAGCUGGAUGAAGACGAGCCCGUGGAGGAGAGCGAUGCACCCGUCGACGAGCAGCUGUCCCAGAGAGAGGAGCCGGUGGAGGAGGACGAAGAGGACGAGGACGAGGAUGAGUACCACUACGUGUACGAGGACGAGGAGGCUGACCGGGAGGAGGAGGAGGAGGACGCCAAGGAGCGCGUCCCCGAGAGCCAGGACGAGGACAAGACCCUGGAGGAGGUGAAAGCGGUGUGUGCGCUGGAGGCAGAGACGGGCCCCUGCCGCGCCUCCAUGUUCCGCUGGCACUUCGACUUGAGCCAGAAGAAGUGCGUUCGUUUCGUGUACGGGGGCUGCGCCGGCAACCGCAACAAUUUCGACUCCGAGGAGUACUGCAUGGCCGUGUGCAAGCGCCUGACGGUGCCCCCCACGCCUCAGCCCACUGACGACGUGGACGUGUACUUCGAGACCCCCGCUGACGACAGGGAGCACAGCCGCUUCCAGAAGGCCAAGGAGCAGUUGGAGAUCAGGCACCGCAACCACAUGGAGAGAGUGAGGAAGGAGUGGGAGGAUGCUGAGCGUCAGGGUAAGAACCUGCCCAAGGCUGAGAGGCAGACUCUGAUCCAGCGCUUUCAGACCAUAGUGGAGUCUCUGGAGGAGGAAGCAGCCAGUCAGAAGCAGCAGCUGGUGGAGACCCACCUGGCCCGUGUGGAGGCCAUGCUCAACGACCGCCGCCGCCUCACCCUGGAGAACUACCUGGCCGCCCUGCAGGCUGACCCCCCCAGGCCCCACCGCAUCCUGCAGGCCCUCAGGAGGUACGUCCGCGCAGAGAACAAGGAUCGUCAGCACACCAUCCGUCACUACCAGCACGUCCUCGCUGUGGACCCUGAGAAGGCUGCCCAGAUGAAGUCUCAGGUGAUGACCCACCUGCGUGUGAUCGAGGAGCGCAUGAACCAGAGCCUGUCCCUCCUCUACAAGGUGCCCCACGUGGGUGAGGAGAUCCAGGAUGAGAUCGACGAGCUGCUCCAGGAGCAGAAGGCUGACAUGGACCAGUUCCUGUCCUCCAUCUCCGAGUCCCAGCCGGACGUCACCGUGUCGUCCGAGGAGAGCAUGGAGCUGCCUGCCUCCGAGGGCAAGCCGUACCGGCCCUUCCAGGUCACCUCCCUGGGGUCCCACUCUGACCCAGAGGGCUCCGGGAUGUCCGGUCUGGACGGUCUGAUCGGCGCUGAGGAGAGGAUCAUCAACAGCAAGGGGAAGAUCAGCGACAGCGUGGUGAUUGAUGAGUCUCUGGAUGUUAAAGAAGUGAUUUACAGUGCAGAGAGAGUCAGCGUAAUGCAUGCUGAUGAUCUGGAAUCCUAUCGUCCUCUUGAGGAGGACUUCAGCUUCGGGAGCAGUGCCCUGAUUGGCUUGUUGGUGAUCGCGGUGGCCAUAGCAACGGUGAUAGUGAUCAGCCUGGUGCUGCUGAGGAAGAGGCAGUAUGGCACCAUCAGUCAUGGCAUUGUGGAGGUUGACCCCAUGCUGACCCCAGAGGAACGCCACCUCAGCAAGAUGCAGAACCAUGGCUACGAGAACCCCACCUACAAAUACCUGGAGCAGAUGCAGAUCUAGUGUGGGAAGACGGGGGGGGCGAUGUGGAGGCCAUGAAAAGAAGGCAAUAGAGGGGGGAACAUACUACUGACCAAUAACAAAGAUGCUCUCGUCAAAAUCAUUUGCAUACGAAUGCCCUAUACUGGUUUGUUCAAAACAAUUCUUAAAUAAUGCUACUACUUCUACUACUGCUACAAUUGUAUUAUAGAGCUCCUUUUUGAUCUUUUGUUUCUUUUAAGAGGUGAUGUAUCUACAUUUUACAUUCUGGAAAAAGUGAUUCAGUAAAUGACUCUGUAAUUAUGCAUACCAUUAUCCUUGAUCAAGAUGUAAAACAUUUUUUUAUGUUCUUUUUUUUCUCAAAUCAAAUCAAGCUAACGGUUGAAAUUAAAUGUUUUUGUGGCCAUCAACGAAUAACUUACACAAAGACACUACUGGUUUCUUCCUCAUUGUACAAGUGUCCAAUUUCUGAUGGUCUCAUAGAUGUUUUACCUGAUUUAUUUUCAAUAGAUUGCUUGUAUAAUGAUGGUUAUUUGUACCAAUUAAAAUGUAUGGUGAAACGAAAAUGAGAAAAAAAUGAAACUAAAUCAUAAAAUACAUUUUCUUUCUGUCCUUUGUUAUGACAACAAAGUAUACAUAAACAGUUUAAAUAUAUAUAUAAAUAUAUAUAAAAAGUAGAUGUUUUAUUCCACCUUUUCUCCAGGGAACAGUUUAUGACUGAUGCAUGGGUUGGUGACAGAGUUGUGUUGCUGACCCCCAGCUAGUCAGCGUGUGCACAGUCCCCCAGCUCACUAGACCUGCUCUCAACCCUGAUCCAUCUUAAGAAGUGGGAAAAGCCCUUUAUAUCCCCUAAACACACACACACACAUAUCCAUCAUUGAAGUAACAGUGUGACAACAUCAUUUUGAUCCCGAAAGAUCCCCAUGAUUGAUGUGUGAUCAUAGUUGAAUGUAUUGUGGAAGAUUCUGGAUGUUUUGCCUCUGAGUAAGUCCCUCGAGGGUCUGAUCCUGUAUUGGCAGAGUGAGCCAGCGAGUGAAGACGCCACACAAAAUAUUUUGCACAAACAAUUUGACUGUGUCGUGAUUCCAAACAUACAAUCGAUCAAUGGAAACUAAUUUGGGAAGUAUGGGUUUUUCAUGAACAGCUGUUUGCUUUGCUGGUCCUAAAGCACAGAGCAGUUUGAGUAAUAUUUGAUAGACAAAAGCCAUUAUAAAAUAAGUAAUUGGAGCUGGAGGGCUGUGCAGACUGACUGACAGACAGACGGGGCUUAGAGAACUGGUUUCUGAUAAAAGCAAAGUGUGUAUUUGUACCGGUAGAGAACUGCACAAACAAGUAAAUUGAAUCCUAGAAUCAUUAGUUUUUUUUUCUCUUAGUAUUGUCUUGGUAUGCCUGUAUAGUUGAUGUUGCAAUCAUGGCUUUCUGGAGGAUUACCUGUGGUGUGCAUUGUUCUUAUAUGAAAUGAUAUGAUAUAUAUUUUUAAGUUUGUUUUCUUGUUUUCUAAUUUUCUCUUCCUGUGACAGUAUCUCUGUAUGUGACUGUCUCACUAUGCACCCAAAUGGCUUCAAUCUUGUAGUUGCCUGCUUGAUUGUGUGGUAGGGAGGGGAGACUAAUAUAUGCGUAUUAGUGAUACAAUUUGAUUGACAUCAAUGGAAACAGAUUUAUGGUUACAGGGGGAACACAUCAAUAAACUCACUACUUCCAUAUUGGUAGGCCCCUA